GCAGGAAGCAGAACCGAAAAACAAAACUCAAAAAGGUCGUGUAAGAGAAAAAAAAAGAAAACGAUAAAAUGGGUGUAGGCGGCGGAGAAGGUGAGCAGAGGAGAGGAGAGAUGAUGGCGAUAUCGAGCUUAUUCAACGACCAGCAGAAUCCAAUUCAGCAGGUACAAGUCAAGUUCAAGGAGGUGGAAGUGGGUUUGAAGACGUGGCUGUCGAAGCAAUCGAUACCGGUGGAAGCAGCCGUGGUGUCCACGAUGAGCGGCGUGCAGGGAGCUUUCAUAGGAGGACUCAUGGGAACACUCUCCCCUGAGAUGCCUCAGACUGACCCUCAAGCCAUGGCGUCGAUGAAGCAAGCUCAGGCGCUUGUGGGUGGGCCAUGGGUUCAAGCUCGGAACUUUGCUGCGAUUACUGGUGUUAAUGCUGGAAUUGCUUGUGUUAUGAAACGGAUUAGAGGCAAAGAGGAUCUUGAAUCUGCCGUGGUUGCAGCACUAGGUUCUGGAUUUGCCUACUCUUUGGUGAGCCAAGGCUUGCAAGGACAGCCUAUUAACGCAAUCACAACUGCUGCUGGUUUCGCUGUCUUCCAAGGAAUAUUUUUCAAGUUGGGAGAAAGAUUCUCGAAACCGAGUCCUGAAGACCCGUUUUACACAAGAUCAAGAACCAUGCUGUUGAAGCUAGGCCUACAGAAGUAUGAGAAGAACUUCAAGAAAGGACUUCUAACAGAUCCCACUUUACCAUUACUCACCGACAGUGCGCUAAGAGAUGUGAGCAUCCCACCAGGGCCGAGACUUCUGAUACUAGACCAUAUCCAGAGGGACCCUGAGAUAAAGGGUAAACGAGGAAAGUAGUAGCUGAUGAGCCUUUUGUUUAUAUGGUCAUUACUUGAAUCAGUCUGUUUUGGCCGUAAGGAAUGUUGAAACACAAAUGUAUGGUCUUGUUUUAAUGCUUUCCUUUAGCUGAUAUUGCUAGGAAGAACUACUCUUGUUAGAUUCUUCUGCCUCUACUAGCAAUGUUUUGAUUCUCUUUAAUAUUUGAAAGCAUUUUAUAUUCUGAAUAAAUAAAUUGGAUAUGCUUUGUAUAA